AUGCAAUGUACCUUAUCAACUCAUAUCUACCCGUUAUCAGACAGGUUCGGUUCUCACAUUUCCUUUCAUGAUAAACGAAGCUCAGUAUGUUGCGGGAAAUAUACGUGUCGGCAAAUGUCACUAAACUUUAUACUAUGGAAAAAGUUAAGGGUCAUUGAUGGAAAAGAGCAUGAUAAUGGUAAUAGUGUCAUGAACCAAAGGCCGUGUAUGCAGCGGUUACUGUGGAAGUGCAGUGAUAUGGCUGUUUUGACAUCUUUUAUACCGGUAUUGGCCUUCCAGCCUUCUGACAUCUCUUCCGUAUGGACUAGAGUUUUUCCAAAUGUGCCGCCGCAGCCUGGGAUGCCAUGCCAGGGCGAGGACAGAAGCAUCUAUCGAAGAGGAGCGAGGCGAUGGAGGAAGUUAUAUAGGGUUAAUGGACACAUUUUCCAAGCAAAACGGUUCAACAGGCGUGCCUUCUGCGCGUAUUGCAACGACCGCAUCUGGGGACUGGGCCGGCAGGGCUUCAAGUGCAUCCAAUGCAAGCUCCUGGUACACAAGAAAUGCCACAAGGCAGUGAACAAGCCAUGCGCCGGCGAGCACCAGGAGCCCCCAAUUGGUGGUCCCAUGGGCGCCCACCCAGUGACCGGUGACGAAAGAAACGGUGAUGCAAAGGGGUCCGCCAGCACGCCAUUGUCCGAAGCAGCGGCAGCCGCAAUUGCUGCCGGACAGGAGCCCCCCGGGUUAGGAGAUUACCAGGAUCAGCCGCCAGAUGUCACUGGCGAAUCGGUCCCCGUAGAAGAUCCUAACAAACCCCUGGAUGACCUGGAGCCGGGCUCUCAACGUCAGUAUUCCCUUAACGACUUUGAACUAAUUCGUGUGAUAGGUAGAGGUUCUUAUGCCAAAGUUCUAAUGGUCGAACUGAAAAAGACUAAACGCAUUUACGCUAUGAAGGUAAUAAAGAAGGCCUUAGUCACAGAUGACGAAGACAUAGACUGGGUACAAACAGAAAAGCAUGUUUUUGAAACAGCUUCGAAUCAUCCUUUCUUAGUGGGACUACACUCGUGCUUCCAAACGCCAUCUAGGUUAUUCUUUGUUAUUGAAUUCGUCAGAGGAGGUGAUCUGAUGUUCCACAUGCAGAGGCAAAGACGGUUGCCUGAAGAACAUGCAAGAUUUUACGCUGCCGAAAUAUCCCUAGCUUUAAACUUCCUGCACUGCAAGGGCAUAAUCUACAGAGACUUGAAACUGGACAAUGUAUUACUUGACCACGAAGGUCACAUAAAAUUGACUGAUUAUGGGAUGUGUAAGGAAGGUAUUAGGUCAGGAGAUACGACCUCAACAUUCUGCGGAACGCCCAACUAUAUCGCACCGGAAAUUUUGAGAGGAGAAGAUUAUGGGUUCUCCGUGGAUUGGUGGGCGUUAGGUGUUUUGUUAUACGAAAUGCUGGCGGGUCGAUCACCAUUUGACAUAGCCGGGGCUUCCGAAAAUCCGGACCAGAACACGGAAGACUACCUGUUCCAGGUAAUCCUGGAAAAAACCAUCCGUAUUCCAAGAUCGCUGAGCGUAAAAGCGGCCAACGUACUCAAAGGUUUCCUUAAUAAAAAUCCAGCAGACAGGUUGGGUUGCCAUAGUCCUGAAUCCUUCAUUGAGAUUACCGGACAUCAGUUCUUCAAGAGCAUUGACUGGGAUAUGCUGGAGCAGAAGCAGGUCCCUCCACCAUACAAGCCUCGGCUAGACUCAGAUCGAGAUCUAGCAAACUUCCCGCCAGAAUUCACAGACGAGCCAGUACACCUCACCCCUGAUGAUCCGCGUGUGAUAGAGAAGAUCGACCAAUCAGAAUUCGAAGGCUUCGAGUACGUGAACCCGUUACUGAUGUCAUUGGAAGACUGCGUGUGACACGACGAGCGAUGCGCUCUUCACCCUGCCAACCUAGUGGGUGGUGGGGGUAUUAUCGUGCCGCCUCCUCCAUUGCCCUAUCGCAAACCGCCCCCGCCGUUUCCACCGCCUCCUCCACCCCUGGAAGACGGCGAAUUGUACAGUGGGGGCGGUGAACAAUGGUAUGCGGUCAACGGGGGCGGCAGACAUCCAGGGCAGUCGCAGAAGUCUAUUUUGCAGAAUAUCUUUUGCCUUCCUUUGAACUAAACUUUAGCCUUUCUAUAGCAUAUCGUGCCGCCCCCUCCAUUGUCAUACCGCAAACCGCCCUUGCAUUUUCCUCCAACUUUAGAAGUCGUGGAGCUAUGCUCUAGGGGCAGGGCACAGUGGUACGCAGUUAACGAGGGCGGCAGACAUCCGGGACAGUUGCAGAAAUCUAUUUUGGGUCCUUUGAAAUGGAGCAUUAUCAUACCCCUCCGUUGUCCAUAAACCGCACCCGCUUUUUCUACCUCUUCCACCUCCUUUGGAAGACUGUGAGCUGUGCAACGGGGACGGCGAACAGUGAUACGCGGCCAACGCAGGCGGCAAUCAUCCAGGGCUAUCUUUUGCAGAAAAUCUUUUGCCGUCCUUUGAGUUAGAGCAUUUGUCUGUAGGCGGGUUUAGCGGCAGGCAGUGAGAUGGGGCGGCAGAACACCGGUUGCUUCCUUUUGAACUAGAAGGAAACGCCUUUAUCCGGCGGGGGCGGUCACAGAUAGAGUGAGAUUAUCGGUGUGCCAUUGGGGCAGCAGAGCGCUUGGAUGGGUGUGGUAUAAUGACUUGGUGGUUGUCAUUUUUCUUGGGCUAACCGUUUUAUAUUGCCGCUGCAGGUAGAGAUGGCCACUAACGUUAUAUUUAAAUAUUUAUAUGUGAUACCGAUACUUUUUUAUAUCAGUGAUUUAAAAGCGUGACGUGAUCACGACUUUCGAAUAAUGAUGGGCAUCGUAACCGACGCAGGUGCAGUGAGAUGUAUAGCCAUAAUUAUUUCUAACCUCGUUCGAUAUUUUUUAAGGUUUUGUGUAUUAUAUUAUCAGAUCGUGUGCAGUGAGAAUAUUUUUAGUGGAAUUUGACUUUGAUUCAUAAUUGAUCUUACACGUGCACGUGCUUAUUGAGAGUAAUUUGUAGUUGGGGUGGCUAACUGAAUCGUCACGAGCUAAUAGUAAUCUAAAGAAGAAGAAGAGGGGUUUUGGUUAUACCGAUUUACUGGUAUUCUGAGCAAAAUACAGCGAUAAAAUCGCAUAGCUCAAACUACCAAGACCUAUAUGGCAAGGUAUAGCUUCCUGGCCAUAAAAUUAGAGAAUCCUCUUUACUGUAAACCUUUCAGUCACAAAUGUGAUCUUCAAUACAAUGACAAUAUAUUUUAUUUAACUGUCUUCCAGGUGACAGUUUGUUUGUUUUUUUUUCUAUCACGUUCCUAUACAGUGUGCUACUACUACUAAUAGUCUGAAAGUCCCGUAGUAUGCUGAGAUUUCACGAAGUCACUCCGAAUUUCGCAAAACCAGGAUAGCCUAGGUCCGCCUGGCAUGAGUAUUCCCGUUCCCCAAAAAAGGACAUGAAUCCGUAGAAAAAUACAAGCGAGCAUGAGGCUAUCUGUCGUUUUUUAAUGUACCAGACGCGUCACCCUAAUUGUUAAUUGUUAUGCAAUCUUCGACUAAAAUGUUGCAAGUGCAUUGUUUUGGAUCUGAAGCGCGUGGAGGGCUUUUGGCGGUUUUGAGACGAUGGACGAGGAUGACGUAUCUAGUACAUCAAAAAACGACAGAUAGCUUCAUCUCGCUUGUCGUUUUGAAGGGCUGGUCGUCCUUUUGCCUAACCCAGGCGGUCCUGGGCUACGCUUGAAUUGCGUGGUGCCAUCUUAAAAUUCGGAAUGAGGGCUUGGCGCAGUUUUAGCAUGUUACAGGACUUUCAGUCCAUUGUAGUAAAACACUGUAUAGCAAUGUGAUAGUGAAAAGAAAAAGCAAAUGAACUGUCACCUGGAAGACAUAAAUAAAAUAAAUUGUCAUUGUACUGAAAAAGAUCACCUUUGAGAUUGAAAUGUUUACAGUAUAAAAGAUUCUAUGGCCCAGGCGAGAAUGGGGGAUUAUCGGCAUGUAAACCACAUGUUAAGUUUCAGAUAUUUCUCUAGCUCUGUGAUCCUGUGAUACCCAUCGCCGUUGCUGUAAAGUUGUCAUAUCACGCUUUUUCACAGUAUUUGGUAACAAUCGUGAUUCGUGAUUUAGAAAUAUCAGUUGGUAAAAUAUCUACCAAAGCUAGCCAAAUGCACUCGUAUUACCUACAGACUAUGAUGAAACCUGCAAGUUCAUCACACAAUGAUUAAAAGCAACCGAACAAACAUCUUUUUUUUUUACUUGAACAUAUACAUUUGUUUUGGUUCAAAUUCCUCACAAAUAUUUACUAUCACUCAUUUUGAAACGGUAUAGCAUAGCAGUAACAAUAAUACUUGCGGUUGAUUUGUAAGUCACAACUGUAUAUUCCAGAUUCUUUUUGACGAACACUUGAAUCAUCAUACCAGACUCGUAUUUAUUCUAGAUAAGUAAAUAGAUAAAUUUAAAUUAUUCUUCGCUCCUUUGUCACACCAUUUAUACAUAAAAUAUAACAUGAAAUAGACAUUUCCAUUUGCAGAUAUUGUCAAGCCAAAUGCAACAAAUUAUUUUUUGUACUCAUUUUCUGGUGUAAAAAAACUUCAGUUGGUUGUACUUCAUGUUAUCCAAAAUUACUGAAAAUGUGAAUAUGUCACUUUUGAGUUUUUAUCUUUGUCUUUGAAUGAAAAUGUGUGUUUCAGUAAAAGCCUUUUGAGGAUAUUUCAAGCAUUUUGCGGAUAUAGUUGAUAUUUUAAUCAAUGUCUUGUGCAUCAUUAGUACAAUUUGCACAUAAAAUGUAUUUAUCUUAAAGUUAAGAUAUUUAAAUAUAGCCAUAUAACUGUAGAUACAUUCGCAUUCAAGAGAAUAUAUUAUGAUAUACGUUUCGUUGGAAGUAGGGAAAGAUAUAUAUACUAUUAUAAAAUUAUAUCAAAACACUACGUACAAGAUAUUUUUUAAAACAUCCAGCGGCAGGUGAGUUAGAAGAAGAAUUUGAGCUAUGCUCGAUAUUUCUCAAAUUAAUCAGGUUGUAAUAGAACGCUAUAAUAUUAUACAUGGCACCAUUUUGUUUUUAUUUGGAAACAUCGCUGUCAAAAAUGACACAGAUCAGAAUGAUUUUCCCAAACUGGAUAAACAUGGAACCUAUAUACCAGGAGGAGCAACGGCAUUGCCGUUCAUGCUGUAAAAUGGUCCCCGAAAUUAGGCACCGGCUUCAUUCCCGAUCGUUUGAACAGUGCGGUGAUCGGCAGGGGUAUUACGUAACUUGAAAAGUGACAUCUCGUUUUUUUUUACAUUAUGUAGGGUCUAUAUGAUUUUACGUAUGUUUACCUACAAGACGUCAACUUGGAACUAGCUGUCGUUCACUUUAUGCUCACUUAUCGCAAGCGCGGAAUGGACUAUUUACGCACCAGCCUACCUAGUCAACAAGUUGACAUUUAAUCGCUUUUUUACAUUACAUGGGUUGUUUACGUAAUAACCCCGCGGGAAUAGUUUGUCAUACGUCAACGCUCGACUUAUCCCGAUCGCGACAGAUAUAAUUAUAUGGGACUGACGACGUAAGACGUAACAAGUAACCUAUCCUGAGCCGUAUUUUGUAAAUGAUUUAAGAACAACUGCUUCUCCCUUGAGGUUAUGUAGCAUGAUAAACCCAUACAACAUUAGAACAGGUUUCAGGGCAGUAAAGUCAUACAGGAAAGUGGAGUGCUGUGACCGACAGAAAAGAGUACAAUGAAUGCUCGACCAUCAUCUUCCGAGCAUAUCAGGCAAGCUCCUCGAGCACAAUGUUCUGUAAUACGAACGCGGUACCCACUGUUCUAAAACGAACGCACCCUUGAAGUACCAGCGCUGCUUUGACAGGGUUACCAUAUUGGGGGAUUUUCCCUCAAAUUUGAGGAACUUAUGGGGAUAUAAUGUUCUGGAAAAAUCACACGAUUCGCCGAUAGCAAGCAUCCUUCGCUCUUUGAACCACACCUACCCCUUUCCAUUAAUUGACUGUGAUUUGAUGGAUUUUUUUAAACGCAAUUCUGAAGGAUAUUUGUGCUGGUUCUGGGAAAAUUCUGUCCUACCCAUCUGGCAACGCUGUGCUUUGACAGAUCCGUCAUAUGAACACUUUCCUAAUAGUCUACGAUCCGGCCGCUUGAAUCUGCAGGUGCUUUAUUUUUUAUGAAUGAUAUAUAAUAGAAUAGUUCACAGCAGAGUUGUCUGGCAAAUGUUGUACUAUUAUUUAUCAUUAAGGAAAAUUAAGUUUUAUGGAAAAACAGACUCCUGCAAUUCAAAUAGCCAGAUCUUGUACUAUAACCUCAGAUACCCGCGCAUGCAGCUGGUGCUCGCUUCGAUCACUGCGGCCUCAGUCAGGCCUUGGGGUCGUUUUUUGCUCAUUUUGCAAGUUCUCUUGGUAUACAGGCUCCUUGCUGGAUAAGGUUCACAAUCAUUCGAAACCUGUCAACAUUUCAGUCAAAUGUCAACUAUUGACAUAUCCCUGUGAUCCAAGAUAGAGUCAGAAUGGUGCUAAGUUUACUUCUCUAUAGUAUCUUGAGCUAUAUGAGUUGAUAUGCCAAGAGAUAUUGAAAAAGCUGCUAGUUUCGUCAUAAAAUUAAGAAGAUAGUUAAUAAGCGUGACUAAAUUGAAGCUGCAAAGUUAACUAGUCAUCCACUUUUAUUUACUUUUAGUUAACUGAUUGGUAAUUUUUUAAAUAGUUCAACAUGUAUCUGUAACGGGUGUAUGGAGAUGAUAAUCUUGGUAUUGCGAAUAUGCUUUGAAUAUUUCAAAGACAGCAACUGACCAUCGAAACUCAAUCUGACAUUCUAGACUAUCUUCAACAGAAGGCAAUAAAUGACAUGACAAGGGAUUAGCUGAAUGACAUUGAGGCUAACUUGUUAAAUUUGCAGUUAAGCAAAUAGCCGAUGUGUUAGUAAAGAAGUAUUUUUUACGCAAAAACCGCUGUCGAAAAUCUUAGUCUUCUACACUUAUCCGCCAUUAUCUGUCUGCACCUUCUCGCGAUGACAGAAACAUAAUAUCUAUAAUCAAAGUCACUCCCACAACUGACGAAGUGAGACUCGGAAGUGUGAAUCAAAAUGGCGGAUUACUGUGCGGUACCUCUGUUGCAUUUUCAGAUCUCUUGGUGAACAACUUUGAUAUUGGAAUCACGUAUGGGGUAACAAAAUUGUUCCUGAUUUCAUUGAAUUAUUAGGUUGAAGACUGAAUUACUAUAUAUGUAUUUUCAUGGCCAUUACAAAUAUUUAAUUAUCGACGGUUCUUUCCUUAUUCGAUAUUGAAUACUUAGACGAAUAUAUUUUUUCAGAGUUCAUUCUCUGUGUAGUCUAUUCUGAUAUGUGCGUAGAGACAAUAAAAGUCAAUCAAUUUUCUAAGUGAGUCUCUUCCAACACUCUGCAAUUACACAGACAAUAAGUAAAUACUAACUUCACACUCUGCACGCAUAUCAGAACUACAAUAUAAUAACAAAUUAUUACUUGAGAAAGUUGACUUUUCUUAAUCUAUUUAGUACACUUUUAUUUGUCCGUUAGUACGUGAAAUGGAAUUUUCCGAAAUAGCAAGUUACGCAUGUAGCCCCAUUUUUUGAGUUGCCCACUGAGAAAAUUCAGUGCACUACAAAUUAUUUAACCUCAACUUUAGAAUUUGGUGCUUUAGCAGUACAUCUCACUGUGGUUCAGUAGUUAUUCAAAACUUGUAUUAUAGAAAGUUUUGAUAGUGCCAAAUAUUUCACCAAAAUAAGAUACUUAGGUGCACAUACUAUGUAAUUGGAUCAUAGUCUCGCUGUCGCUAGUAUGGGCGCCACAUCACCGAUGUUAGUCUACUGAAUUUGCAAAAAAACUCAAGGUUGCGAAUACCUGUAUAUCCAUAACCGAUGAUGGCUGACAAAGAUUUUGGCAAAAACUAGUAAAAUUACUGAUGAUAUAUCGCGUUCGAUAUUUGCUAAAAAUGUUAGCACACAAACGUUAAAGUUCUUCAGCGCAUUGAGUUUCGUUAUCAAGAAACGUCAAUGUAAGGGCCGCAUGACACGAUAUAGAAUUUUAUAUGAAAUUUGUAUCCGACAAUGGGCAACCAAGUCUUUUUCACUAGUAUCCAUUACGGUAGAAUAACAGCUGAUUGUAUAGUCAUAUUUCAAAAUUCCCCAUAUUGACAAAUGACACUUGCUGAUCAGCUGUUGACCUCAGUAGACGUCAAAACGUGAAGGGUACUCGGUAAAAUAGAGUUUAGCAGGAGUCAAAGGAGGUUAAAAUUAUUUCCAACGGAUGUUGUCAGACCUACACUACUGUACUGUUCUUGUCAGUUGUCAACAUUUGUCGGUUAUGAUGGUGAAAACAUCGUCCAUCUAACCAGGUUGCCAAUUGUUGUACAGGUCCAGAUUAUUACAAGCUUGAUAUUAAUUUUCAUAACAAAUUUCAUAUCGUGAUAUGCGACCCUAAAGCUGCGUUCUCACGGAUCAUGGCACGUAGGCGUAGGCGCCCGGUAUCAAACAGUCAAGAGCGAGGCAGUUCGUUGUGCCUUUGGAAUGUGUGUUGAAACUGAAUUUCAGACAUUUGUAGCAUUUUUUUUUUUGUAAAUCUUCAAGGUGUUCUUAGUUCAGCAUCUGUCAUAUUAUGUUCCCCAAAAUUUCUUCAUGCAUGCGAUUUCCUGGCCCAUUUCUUUUAUUGUUUAUGUGUGCAGGUGACUCUCUAUCUUUCGCUAAUCUACCGAUAAAAUCUGAACUCAAAGGAGCACACCCAUCAAUGAGAAGCUCCUCCAUGGUCAGCUUUAUGGAAUAAACUGAGUCGUGAUCGUGUGAACAACCACAACCCUCGCCGGUUAACUUUGCACUCCCCACUCAAGGCGAGGGUCGCGAUAGGGAGAUCAAAAGCAUGGCAUGUAGGUCGUCUUUUUCCCCGUGAGAUCGUAGCUAAGGGUAAUUGAAACGUUUUGUUUCAACUAUCUGUUUGGCUGCUUUCCGACAAUAGUAAUAUGACGUCAAAUAGACGUUUUGUGUGUUGACAGAGGUAUUCUAACGAAUGGUUUACUAGAUAAUUAUGAAGAAAAAACUCAAUAUUCGUUUCAAAAGUUACAUCAACGCUUUAAAAUAAAUCGCAAAUUAUAUGCACUCAGAGUUUAAUACAAUCCAUAGCUAUCUAUAUAUCUAUUAGCUCGGUCAUUUUGAUUUAUGUUAACAUCCAUUUUAAUUAUUUUUCAUACUGUAGGCGAUUGUUUAUGAAUUUAUCAUCUGUGAAAAGUGUUUGUUUCGAAAAGAGGUAUCGUGAAGUUUGACUUGGAUGAUGUAUGCAAUUUUCACGAAAAAUAGUACAUUGCAGUAUUUAUUGUGUAUCGGCUUAUUGGAAACAAAAAUGUGGUGAUUAAUUCAUAAUAGCUCGCCUUCACUGGAAUGACUUUGUUAAUGUCAGUUUAGGUGAGGUGUUGAAAUCUAGUUGGAUAUUAUUGACUUCUUGAUAGAUUCCGACGUCAUUAUUAGUUAUAAGAAAUAUAUUCUAAGCUGGAAUAAUUAUUUAUUCCUUGAUGUAUUUUUUAAAGUUGUGAAUCAAGAAGAUUUCUUGUUAUAUGUUGAUUUUGGAAUAGCGAUUUACCGUUUUGAUAUAUUUUAGAGAAAUAACUACACACUUUGGUGAACAAAAAUGAGGAAGCAUUUAUAAAAUUGUUGACUGGAGUCACGAUUAACGAGUUUUUAUGGUUCCAUUGAGAGCUUUUGUAUAAUAGACAAAUUGAGAAUGACUAGGUUUAGCGUUAUGUAUCUCUGCUUUAAAGUAUUUUGUUAACAAUUUAUAACAUUAUUUAGGAAUUAUUUUGCGUUACUUAAAAGAUAUGGGAAAUGAAAGUAUUCUUUUUUACGUUUACAUUCUAGAUUAUUUUAAUUAUCACCAUUUAUUUGUAUUCUUUAUAAUAAAGAUCUAUCUAAAGAAAAA